GAUUCUCUCAAGCUUUAAGACCCAAUGUCGAACACGCUCAGGCCGUAUCUCUCAGCUGUCAAGUCAACUUUAACAGCGGCUCUGACGCUCGAGAACUUUUCGUCACAAGUCGUUGAACGACACAACAAACCAGAAGUAGAAGUUAGGGGCUCCAAGGAGGUUCUCCUGAACCCACUGACUAUAUCACGCAAUGAGAACGAACGCGUCUUGAUCGAGCCAUCUGUGAACUCGAUACGCAUGAGUAUUAAGAUUAAGCAGGCUGAUGAAAUAGAGCGUAUCUUAUGUCACAAGUUCACGCGAUUCUUGAUGCAGAGAGCGGAGAGUUUUGUAGUGCUGCGCAGGAAGCCCGUCCUCGGAUACGACAUAUCGUUCCUUAUUACGAAUGUCCAUUCAGAGACCAUGUUGAAACACAAGGUCGUCGAUUUCAUCAUACAAUUUAUGGAGGAAGUAGACAGGGAAAUAAGCGAGAUGAAACUCAGCCUCAAUGCGCGCGCACGCACGGUAGCCGAAUCGUAUCUGACCGCUUUUAAUUCCUGAGACGUUUUUCCCUCUAUCACCCCAUUACACCACGCACGAUAGAAAUAUAUUUCCCCUGCGCUGUGUAGCCUGUGUUCUCGUAUGAAGGACACCAUACUCAAUCUGUAAUUUUGCAGUGUUUUACUUUAUACUGGUGAAUAUCCAGACCAACUGGUAUAGUCGUAUCGACCGACAGAUUUU